CUGACAACCAAUAGCAAACAAUGACGCAAAGUACAACCAAUAAAAUGAAUAAUUUUUGAGGAAUUAAUUAAUGGUUACAUAAAAAUUAGUUUGAGAUAUUCAGAUAUUGAAAAGUUUAUUUAAUAUUUUGUUAUAACAUUAUACAUUGGGAUUAUCAUUUUCAACAUUGCCACUAUCAAGAAAAGUUCGAACUGUUAUUGAUCUGACGAAGGAUAAGAAUUUAACGCUAAGUAUAUUAAUAUUUCUUAAAUGAGGAAGCUAGAUUUACAAGAAUCGUGGGGUGCCGAUCGUUUAGAAGCUGAAUUGGAGGCUGCUCGAGAUGGACUAAAAGGUCUUGAUCGAAGUAUUAGAAAAAUUUUGGGCCGGGACCUACCUGACGGUGAAAACGGACCACUACACCCCACUUCCAGCAGACUUUCCCAAAAGCGACCAUUGCAGGAAGAUCGUCGACGAGUCGUAUCAGAUUUCGUAAAUAAUGAAAUACCGGGUACAAAAAGGCGUUGGCAGGCUUCUAAUGGGGAACCAAAAACGGUAUUUAGUCGUUUGAGUGCACGAGUUCCUUCAACUGCUGAUGACAGUGCGGAUGAAGAUGACACUGCCAUUAAGCCAGCUGUGUCAUCGAGAGUUAUUGCUACGCCAAGAGAAAUUCCUUCUCGUCAAGAAGUAAUCAGAAGAGAAAGAAUAGAUGAGCGUAGUCGACAAAGGAAUAAGCGAAUGUUCGGUGCACUUUUGGGUACUUUGCAAAAAUUCAGAUUAGAAGAAACCAAAUUAAAAGCUAAGGAAGACAAAAAAGCAGAAGUAGAGGCACGAGUGGAAGAAGCACGGAGAAGAGAAAAAGAAGAGUUACGACGAGAAAGACAACAAUUAUUUUUAUCGCGUAAACGACAAUUAGCAGAAGUACGAGCAUUAGAAGCUAAGUUAGCACGAAGUCGACAGUUCCAAGAUUGGCGUGCUGCGCAACUAUCACUUGCUUCUUUUAUAAAGACGCGUACCCAACCUUCUAUAUAUUAUAUACCAAAACGAAAAAAUUCUCAAACUGAAAGUUUACUUAUUCAAUCUGCUAAGGAUCUUCAUGAGGAUAUUGACAGAAGGGAAAAAGUAUUGCUUGAGGAAUUAGAGCUAAUAGAAACGCAAAUAGGUUUGGGAAAACAACAACAAAACUUUGAUAAUAACACAGUAUUGGCUGCACCUGAAGAGGUGUCUCAAACUGUAGAAGAAGGUGAAGAAAAUCGUGAUCCUAAUCCAGACAAUAAUGUAGAACCAACAAAAAUUGAUGAUAUAGAUGUAUCAAUUAAGAUGGAAAAGGAUGAAGAUAAUGUUGAGAAUGCGGUUGAGAAAGACGAUGAUAAGCAAGUGGACCAAAUCAAAAAGGACGAAAACAAUGGCUAGCAUUAAGUAUUGAUAAUCAGUUUGUACAUAUAACGUACAUUAGAUGGUCCUGUCAAGAGAUUAGAGAGCUUUUUUAUUUAAUAUUUUUUAAUAAAACACACGUGGUUUUAUCUCUCGAAU